AUGGCUUCGGAGCAAGAGCAACAACUGAACAACCCCCCUUCAUUCAAAGAGCAGCUCGACCACAAGGCCCGUGUCGCUCGUGACCCCAACUAUGGCAAGGAAGAGGUGCAACCUACAAUUUUAGAAAAAGUUGCCGAUUAUAUCCCGGCUGCAGGCAAGAUUCUCGGGAUUGAGAAGAAGGAAGAGGACGCCCAGAAGGCACCGGAACCCAUCCCAGGCCCCCCGGAGCGGCCGCAUCAUGAUAUUCCCAUUGAAGAAUUCUUGAAGGAUCAGCACAGAAGCAAGAAGGGCGAGAAUGGAGAGCUGAUCCAGAAAUAG